AUGGCUCUCUCACAAGCUGCAUAUCAAGCCGAGAAGGCUCUAGGUCACGGCGACAACGCAGUGACAGCACAGGAUGUCACGAACCCGGCGAACGACCGCGAGAAAUAUGGCGAUCCGAACGAAACGAUGAAGGCUUUGGCGUGGAUGGGCAAGAACGAUGUGCAGAUUGUCGAAUGCCCCAAGCCCAAAGUAAUCGAAGACCGCGAUGUGAUCCUCAAAAUCACCGGCAGCACUGUCUGCGGUUCCGAUCUCCAUCUCCUGCACGGAAGCGUUGUCGAAUUAGCAAAAGGCGAUAUCUUGGGACAUGAGUUCUGCGGUGUGGUAGACGAUAUGGGCUCAGCAGUAAAGGGUCUACAAAAGGGCGACAGAGUAGUGGCGAGCUUCCAGAUCGCUUGCGGCGACUGUCUCUACUGCAAGAAGAAGCUGUCUUCGCAGUGCGCAAGGACGAACAGCAACAACAUAGAAAAUGCGAUGUACGGCGGGCGGACAGCGGGAAUGUUUGGAUAUUCGCAUUUCACAGGAGGUUUUGCUGGUGGGCAGGCGGAGUAUACCCGUGUGCCUUUCGGCGACGUCAAUCUGCUGAAGCUGCCGGAUGAUGUUCCGGAUGAGAAGGGUCUUUUCCUCUCCGAUGUUGUACCUACAAGCUGGAACUGCGUGGUCGACACUGGAGUCAAGGAGGGCGACGUGGUGGCCAUCUGGGGUGCAGGACCUAUUGGACAGAUGGCUGCGGACUUCUCCUUUAUGAACGGCGCGAAACGAGUCAUUGUUAUCGACAGCAAUUGGCGAUUAGACUGGAUGAAGGAGCGAUAUCCGAAGGUGGAGACGAUCGACUACUCACAGCUCAAGGGCACGAAGGCCGUAGUCUCGAAGCUGAAAGAGAUGGUCGACGGCCACGGUCCAGACGUUGCUCUCGAAUGCGUAGCUGGCGAGUACCCCAAAGGCUGGUUCCACACCGCCCAAAUCGCCCUCGGUCUCGAAACAGACACCAGCGAGAUCCUAAACGAAAUGAUCGAAGGCGUCAAGAACUACGGCCGAGUCGGCAUCACAGGCGUCUACGUCGGGUAUACAAACAACUUCAACAUCGGAUCGUUGAUGGAGCGAGGAAUUCGAUUCAUCGGCAAUGGACAAGCACCCGUGCAUUUCUACUGGGAGGAUCUGCUCAAGAAGAUCCAGAGCGGUGAGAUUGAUCCUUUGAAGAUGGUCUCGCACCGGGUCAAGGUGGACCAGCUCGAUAAGGUGUACGAGAAAUUUGAGAAGAAGGCGGAUGGGAUGCAGAAGGUGUUUGUGGAGACGAGGUUUUCGCAGCCGGCUUGUGCGGGUAGUCCGCCUUUGACGGAGUAUUAG